AGGACUCGCUUCCAAGAAAGAGAACCCGCGGCGCGUGCGCGAUGCAGGGGCCGUCUUUGGAGGGGCUGAAGGCCUCUACAGAUGCUGCCGACACCACCGAGUACACGUCCCGGCAAAAACUGGCGGUGGUAUUGGGCGUGGCUGCCAUAGGCACGUACAUCGGCUACACACUGGUGCAGUCCUACAAGGGGGAGACACCGCAGGCCAUCUGGACCAAUACCACCAAAACAAACGCAUCGGCUUCGUCAACGGCUACACCACAAAUCGCCAUUGUCAACCUACCUGAGGAGGUGCGUCCGAUCGCCCGAGAAGGCCUGCAGGGAUGGCUGGACGUGCACAACGAGGUGCAACUAACUUUCCCCACAGUCAUGCUCGUUGAGGAAGAAGAAACCUCAACGCUGGCGGACAUCGGCGGCGGCGUUCGCCGAGCCACGCUGUAUGCGCACAAGGAGCUGCACGAGGCACGGCAGAAGCAGAAGUCAUCGUCGUCAUCGUCGACGCAGACGCCGCCGCCGCUUUGCACGGUGGUGUACCGCACGAUUAUCGAGGUGGAGGGUCAGACGCUGGAGGAUUGGGAUGUGGACGCGUCUGGGCUGCGGAAAUGGCACCAGAAGGCCUUCACCCAGCGCCACUGCCUGGGCUUUACGGUGGACGGUCGCAACGUGACACUGCUCACGCAAGACGUGGAGGGCAUCUUCCGCACCGGUGAGUUCGUCUCGGCCGCAAAGCACAGCGGCGCGACGUUGCUGCGAGAGUGCAGGGCGCCGUCGACCGCCACCUUCCGUCGCUGGUGGCCCUCCGCGGCGACCCGCACGACCGCCUCUGCCUCCAUGCUGUCCUUCGACUCCUCGAAAAGGAAAGACGACAGGGCAGACGCGCUGAAGGCGUUUGAGCGAAGCGGACGUCUCGCCGCGCUCUGGCGCGACCCAUUUUCUCUCUUCUCGCUGCUGGGGACGGUGCUGCGGUACAACCGACCCGAGGCUGCGGUGUUCCCCGCUCUGCUCUCGCCGAACGCGGUGCGCCCCAACUCGCCAAAUACGCCAAACCGUUUAUGGCGCGUGGUGGGGGAGUGGCCCCGUCGCCUUCGAGUCCCUCUGCUGCGUCGGGCCGACGAAGACGAGAAGAGACGUCGUGAGCGUCGCCGCGUGCUGUCCGCGCCCUUUCUCAUCGCGGCGAACGCGGUGGAGAGCAGCCCCGCGCCGCCGACGGCGAUUGUGCAGGAGGUGCAGACCUGCACGGCGCAGUGGGUCCGGCACUUUGCCACGCUCGUACCAGAGCACGAAGCCGCUCUUGUGGAGGUGCAGCGCGAAGACAGCAAGCGGUGGGGAUUGCGUGUGGACCUGACGCGUGUGCAGUGCACUGUGGUCGAGGCGGCGUGGCUCCUGACACACGUCGUGGGCCUCCUAGCGGCAGUGGGUGUUUCACUCGCGGAUGCGAAGCUCGUGGUAAUCCCGGCAACGCAGUCAAACACCUCUCUGCUCUACCCAACGGCGGAUUCUGAACACGUGUCGCAUUACUGGAAGCCGUGCAAGCCAUCGCCGUCGGCGAGCUCCACGGUGGGGGUGGGGAGCAGACUCUCCACUUCCCCCUCCGCGUUGCAACACACCGGUUGGAUCUCCGUUGAACUUCGUGCGGAGAAGAGAAGGGGAUUCGUGGUCGCCGAGCACGACUUCGCAUCUCUCUGA